AUGGCUCCAACUACCGCCGUAACCGUUCUACUGGUCAUUAGCCAAUGCAUAUCGGCCGCAUUGAUCACUAACUUACCAGGAGCGCCACCGGUUAACUUCAAGCAGUACUCCGGCUACUAUACUGUUGGAGCGACUAAAAAUCAUCAGCUGCAUUAUUGGUUCGUUGAGUCUCAAAAUAAUCCAGCUUCGGAUCCACUCCUAUUGUGGUUGACGGGUGGACCAGGAUGUUCUGGUUUGUCUGCUCUUUUGACUGAAUGGGGUCCAUUUAUGGUGAAUCCGGACGGAGCUACAUUAAUGGCAAAUCCUUACUCAUGGAACAAAAAUGCUUCAAUCCUCACAUUGGAAGCUCCAGCCGGAGUCGGAUAUUCGUUCGCUACUGAUGGUAAUGUGAGAACCGGUGAUGAUAAGACGGCUAGUGAGAACUGGGAAGCUUUGGUGGCGUUCUUCAACGAGUUCCCUCAGUACAAAAACAAUGAUUUUUAUGUGACGGGAGAGUCCUACGGCGGUGUUUAUGUUCCGACAUUGAUGCAAACAAUUCUGGACAGACAAAAUCAAUCCCAUAUCAACAUUAAGGGAUUUGCAAUCGGUAAUGGAUGCGUGUCGGCGAAUGAGGGUACCGAUGCGUUGAUCAAUUUCCAGUACGCUCAUGGAAUGAUAGACGACAGCAAAUGGGAGAGGAUUAAAUCGCAGUGCUGCAACAACGACACCGAUGGAUGUCCUUUCCAUUCUUUUAAUGGUUUUGAUACUUGUUCUUUAUUCGUCCAAACCACCACAACGAGUGCAUGGGAAAGUGGCAUAAAUCCGUAUAAUAUGUAUGAUAGCUGUGUGAACGUGAACUCUGCCGAGGCAAAAGUAUCUACUCGAUUCCGUUUGGAGUACAAAUACCGUACCGGGAAGGAACUGGACGUAUCUCAGCUCUCAACUGUGCCGUGCAUGAACGAAACAGCGGUUACGGUGUACCUUAAUCGUGCCGAUGUACGCAAAGCUCUUGGAAUACCUACAACACUGGGACCGUGGUCUAUUUGCAGUGACGUGAUCAGCAACACCUAUGACAGACAGUAUGGAGAAAUGUCGUCACGAGUAAAGAAUGCUCUGGAUAAAGGUCUUAAAGGAAUGAUCUACAGCGGGGACAUCGACAUGGCGUGCAAUUUUUUGAUGGGGCAGAGAUUUUCUCGUAAGUUAGGCUAUAAGGAAGUACAGAACAAGAAGCACUACAUUGUGGAUGGACAAGUUGGUGGAUACCACACUCAAUAUGAAAAUCUUCAUUUCGUUACUGUUAGGGGCGCAGGACACAUGGUGCCCACGGAUAAGCCAUCCGUUGCCUACUACAUCCUCGAAAAGUUCCUAUUCAAUGGGAAAUUUUAA